GGGUUUCUCUGUAGCUUUGGAGCCUGUCCUGGAACUAGCUCUUAUAGACCAGGCUGGCCUCGAACUCAGAGAUCCGCCCGCCUCUGCCUCCUGAGUGCCGGUCACCUCCCUUUUAAAAACACGGCCCUUUCUGGUAGCAGGAGUGACACGUGUCAGUACAGAGUGGGAAUAUUUGCUGCUCUCUCUCAUUUGCUGUCACUUUUAGAGGUUAGGAGCGCUCUCUGUUUCUGAAACGGGCGUUUUAAUUGGGAACUCGUUUUCCACGUAUCUAUACAUUUACACGCACAAGAAGCGUUUAGAAAGAGACAGUUCCUUUUAGCUGGUGGAGAUCCGAACCCUACGGAGAAAGAUGGAAAAGGGGGCCCGACACCGAAACAACCCUGCGAAGAACCCCCCGGGUGGGAGCAGCUCAGACACCAGCCCUCAGGCCGAGGCUGACUCGGGAAGCGGUGGUGUGGCCCUGAAGAAAGAGAUCGGAUUGGUCAGCGCCUGUGGGAUCAUUGUAGGGAACAUCAUCGGCUCUGGGAUCUUUGUCUCCCCAAAGGGUGUGCUGGAGAACGCUGGCUCCGUGGGCCUGGCUCUCAUCGUCUGGAUAGUGACGGGCAUCAUCACAGCUGUGGGAGCCCUCUGCUAUGCUGAGCUGGGUGUCACCAUUCCCAAAUCUGGAGGUGACUACUCCUAUGUCAAGGACAUCUUCGGAGGACUGGCUGGGUUCCUGCGGCUGUGGAUUGCUGUGCUAGUGAUCUACCCCACCAACCAAGCUGUCAUCGCCCUCACCUUCUCCAACUAUGUGCUGCAGCCGCUCUUCCCUACCUGCUUCCCCCCGGAGUCUGGCCUGCGCCUCCUGGCUGCCAUCUGCUUGUUGCUGCUGACUUGGGUCAACUGUUCCAGUGUCCGCUGGGCCACCCGGGUUCAAGACAUCUUCACUGCUGGGAAGCUCCUGGCCCUGGCCCUGAUCAUUAUCAUGGGCGUUGUGCAGAUAUGCAAAGGAGAAUUCUUUUGGUUGGAGCCAAAGAAUGCAUUUGAGAAUUUUCAAGAACCUGACAUCGGCCUCAUCGCUCUGGCUUUCCUCCAGGGCUCCUUUGCCUAUGGAGGCUGGAAUUUUCUUAAUUACGUGACUGAGGAACUUGUGGAUCCUUACAAGAACCUUCCCAGAGCCAUCUUCAUCUCCAUCCCACUGGUCACAUUUGUAUAUGUCUUUGCCAAUGUCGCGUAUGUCACAGCAAUGUCCCCCCAGGAGCUGCUGGCCUCAAAUGCAGUCGCCGUGACUUUUGGAGAGAAGCUUCUGGGGGUCAUGGCCUGGAUCAUGCCCAUCUCUGUUGCCCUGUCCACAUUUGGAGGCGUCAAUGGCUCACUCUUCACCUCCUCCCGGCUGUUCUUUGCUGGAGCCAGAGAAGGCCACCUUCCCAGCGUGCUGGCCAUGAUCCAUGUGAAGCGCUGCACCCCAAUCCCAGCGCUGCUCUUCACAUGCCUCUCCACACUGCUGAUGCUGGUCACCAGUGACAUGUACACACUCAUCAACUACGUGGGCUUCAUCAACUACCUCUUCUACGGGGUAACAGUUGCAGGGCAGAUAGUCCUUCGCUGGAAGAAGCCCGACAUCCCCCGCCCCAUCAAGAUCAAUCUGCUGUUUCCCAUCAUAUAUCUGCUGUUCUGGGCCUUCCUGCUGAUCUUCAGCCUGUGGUCGGAGCCAGUGGUAUGCGGUAUUGGCCUGGCUAUCAUGCUGACGGGAGUACCUGUCUAUUUUCUGGGUGUCUACUGGCAACAAAAACCAAAGUGUUUCAAUGACUUCAUUGAGUCACUAACCCUAGUGAGUCAGAAGAUGUGUGUGGUCGUGUAUCCCCAGGUGGAUGGGGACUCGGGGGCAGGGGAAGCAACCGAUGACAUGGAGGAACAGCAGAAGCCCAUCUUCCAGCCUACUCCUGUCAAGGACCAGGACUCAGAGGAACAGCCCUAGCCCUGAGGACUGUCGUCCCUUUAACUGACCACUCCCCACUUCAUCCUCUCUGCCCUGCAUCCCUGCCUAUGUCCCCCUAACACACACACACACACACACACCUAUACUGUCAGGCAGGGCCAAGUCCUGGGUGUCCACAGUGACACGUUCUAAACAAAGACACUGACCUUUGUACCCAAAGAACCCACUUCCAGUCCCAAGGCCCAUGGUCAAGGUCAGUGCACCAGGGCCUGCAGGCACUCCAAGGAUUAGAGGAGACUAGAGGUGCCGUGGGUACCCUGCAGGACUCUUCCUCCUGGGCCCAUGCCCUUCUGGUGCCUCUAAGAAACCCGGGUUCACUGCUGCUGCUUCUCCCUAGUUCUGAGCCCAGGUGAAGCUUCAAUUGGGAAGGAGGUGGCAGCACAGUGGGCUGCUGGGAAGGCAAAGCAAACACAAGUGUCACCACUCAACUUCUUCUGGAGAGACCAAAAUGCCUCUUCACUCACCGGGGACCCUGUACCUACCACUCACUCCACUGCCCAGCUUAGGCCCCCUGCUGAGAAACUUCCCCACUGAGCUAAGGACCAAGAAGGAGGACCACCCUAUCCCCAGCUCUAAGCCAAGCUUGUGAAAUACAUAGGGGUAGGCUCAGACUGCAGAAGCCAAGCCUUACCCCUGCCCCUGCCCCUGCCCCUGCCCCUGCUUCUGCAUCCUGUCUCCUUGUGGUGCCAAAGCUCCCUGAAGCCAGAAAGGCUUCUUACGUUCAGUCGAAUAGAUAUCUAUCUCUCUCUUAAGGGCAAAGCGACUCAGCCACCCCCACUGGCCCCCCCUGAGCAUCCCAGCCACUCUUCUCACCCACAGUACUGCCGGCCACCCUCGCGCUUUUUCUUCCCUGGACCUUGGCUCAAGGACCAGGCGGGAAGGAUCCCCAAGCCCUUCAGGCCUGAGAUUCAGAGUCAAACCAGCCUUAAGUCAUCUCCCCUCCAAGAACUAAGCCUAAAAAUGCUCCCUAGUUCUACCCUUCAGGACAGACUUGGUGUUAAAUGCCUCCCCUGGAAGGAAGGGUGCUUCCCCCUCCCCAGAGAUGCUCAGCCCUCACCCUGGGGAGACCCUGUUGCUGGGGGAGUGUUUUCUGAAGACUGGUUCCUCUCCCCUCCCCCAACUCAAAUGAUCUCACCACCAUCCUGACAUCCCUUUUGGGACAAGAUGGAAGGGCAAUGACAGAAUGCCACUCCCUUUGAGAACUCAGAAAAGUCCCUUCCACGAGAGCUAGCGACCUAUGCCCUAUGGGAAGGUAACAGUGUUUGCCUUGUCCCGGCAGCCUCCAUAUCUGCUGUGCCAAGGACCCCAUGCCCCAUUCCAUCUACUUAAACUGGAAUACCCCAGGGCCUUUUCCUGGCCCGUCAGGUCCCCUGACUUCUCACCCAGCUCACCUGAUCCCUAGUUGCUGAAAGGCUAGGUUUGGACUGAUUAUGGCCCUUCAGAGUGCAGUCCAGGCAGGCUGUGGGGCCUCUGGGGGACCAAGGACCAUCCCUCCAUCCAUUUCUUCUCAUUCCUUCAGCCUCUACCCACCCCCUCCUUGAAUUACUAUCUUUUUUUUUAAGUGGAUGCCUUACUUUUUUGGAUAAAUAUUUUUGAACUUGGCAUUUCUAUUUCUUUUAAAUUUUUUAAUGUAUGGUGGUUUCGGGGGGCAGAGCUAGUCCCUUAAUAAUCUGUCACUGAGUUCAUUUAGGUCUUACGUUUUCUUGGUUUGUUUUGUGGAGUGUUUUCAAGUAAUAAAAUUUUAAA